GUUCUGAAUAAAUAAAAAAAAGUGGUACUUCAUAGGUUAAAAUGGGCAGAAUUGCAUGAGAAAAUAACAAAGAUCCUUGACGUUGGCGUGGAUUCUUUCGGAUUUCAGAUGCAGUCAUGUUCGCCUUCUGUUUAACCAACAUGCAACCAUUAAUAAUCUCCCCCCUCCCCCUGCUUCAGGGUGGGUAAUUAAAGGUAAUGGAUAAUUAAAUUUAAUAUAUGAUCUGCCAACCUAACCAACAUUUAAAAUAUAUAAAAAUAUAUAUUUAUAUAUAUAUUCAAGCAUUAAUAUUCUCAGCUGUGCUUUACGAUAAUGAAACCUAACGUAUGACACCUGUCAGGGAGUCUAAAUUAUAAUGUAAUACUUAAUUAAAGUAAAAGUAAUUAAAAACUCUAACGGCAUGCCAAAUUUGUAAAGAAUGUGUUAUAAAAAAAAAAAAAAAAAAAUUAUAGUUACAAUAGAACCAGCAGAAUUAAUGGCUGACGUUUGUUGGUAUGUUUAGUAUUUAAUACAGUCUUAACCUGAUUUACAGUAUUUUGUUCCAUACUGGUUCUGUUGAGGUCAGGUUAUCUAUCCUAUAUUAUAUCUUUGAUGAAUCCAUCUUUUUUAGUUGUGCUGCCAUCAUCUGUUGAAUGCAAGAAUAAGAACAUUGAAUGACAUCAUGUUUUUGAAUUCUCUUCUCAAUGAUGUCACAAAGCAGCAUUCAGCUCUGUAACCCACUUUAUUCUUCCUGUUUAAUACAAGCAGAGAAACGAGGAGCAUGAUUCCUUUGGGAUGAGAAAACAAUACCUGAGGAAUAAAAAAAAAGCUGUCACAGAAGAAACAUACAAUAGGAUGCAAACAGGAUGCAACUGCUGAUCCUUGUCUUGCUACUGCAUGCUAUCGUGACGGCCGACUCUGCUAAUGUCUCAUCCACGGGGCAGGCUCCUCUGAAGAAACCCUCUCAUUCUGUCGGGUUAAUAGAGGGGCAGAAGUUCGAGGCCAACUGCAGCCUGAGCGGCAUCAUGGCCCCACCCGAGGGGCUGCUGAUCGCGUGGAACUGGAAGGUGGGGAACGAGUACCCAGUGAGGCUCGCCAACCACUUCUCAGACAACACCCAAGAAACUGUCACAUACAGCGCGAGUCAGUUCAGAGGAAGGCUCUGGGUGCACAUAGAGAACUCGAGCAGCUGUGUCCUAACAAUCAACCCGGUCAGCAUCAGCGACUCUGGGGAGUAUCAGUGCCUUAUCAAUGGGAACCAGGAGCUCCUGCUGGACGUUCACGUUGACAGGCCUUUCAGGAACAUCGAAAUUAGUUACGAACCUAAAAAUGUCACAGAAGGGGAGGAAGUGACGGUGACCUGCACGGCCGACGGCAGCUUCCCACAACCUGAUGUGCAAUGGUUAUCCGAGGGGCAGAAAGUGACGAGAGAGGCCAAGACCACGGUGAACCGAUCCCUUGAUGGCAGCUUCAGCGUGCGCAGUGUCCUGCGUAAAGACGCCAAGGUGGGGGUCCGGUAUUCCUGCAGCAUCUGGGACAGGUUCACUGAGAAACUCUUGUUGGAGUUUGUAGAACCCAUCCCGGGCCCAAAAGUCAAGACGCCGCUGAAGGAAGUGACAGGCAUUCUUGGCAAGAACGUGGUGCUGAAAUGCAGGCUCUCUCUCCCCCACAAUAACUCGGACAUCAUGAAAGAGCUGUCGAUCAUCUGGCUGGUUCACGACCCGACGGGCACGGAGAAGAUCAUCCAUGAAGUGAUCCAAGGAGACAAAACACUGUCUUCUGCCAAGUAUUUUCAACGCACCAAAAACUUCUGGAAUACCUUUGUGUCCCAAGGCAUUGCUGACUUGGAGAUACAGGCGGUCACAAUCGAGGAUAUGGGGAACUACAUUUGCAGGAUUAAGAAGGGGACCGAGUUGAUAGGGGAGAAUUUUGUGGAGCUAAAGGUCACCUCGCCCUACUCCAAACCAGUCAUUACCUAUGUCAGGCGUGAUAUUCACCAACACCAAGUGCUGCAUCUCUUGUGCCUGACCCAGGGCGGAUUCCCAAUAGGGGAUAUCCAGUGGCUGGGGCCUGGGCAGAAAGAUCUGACCGAUCAGUCUGAGAGCCACAUCAAAGAAACGUCAGACGGGAUGUACAAAAUGAUGAGCGAUCUGAAAAUCGUUGUGGAAGUGGAUGACACGUACACCUGUGUGGUCUCGAAUCCCUGGCUGGAAAACAAAGAAACCGAAGUUAUUGUUUUUGUGAACAAAAACAUGUGAUAUAUGAAAAAAAAAAAAAAAAAAGUGCAACUUUUUCAUUUUAAAUUUAUGGUAUCAGAAUAUCUAAAAAAAAAAAAAAAAAAAGACCACUUUAAAAUGUUUUUUUUAUGCAAAUAUCAUAAAUGCGGUGUGUGAGUGUGUGUGUGUGUUCUACUUAUGCCAAAGUUCCCUCCAGCAACCUGGUUUAACAUUACCAACACAUUUUCUCUCGUAUUACAUUUCCAUUAUACGCUAUUUUAUUUGCAAUCACGCUGAGUGGUUCUGAGUUAUAUGGCUCCAACAUCGAGUUAUCAUUUUUAUCUAAACCUGGCUUUGAGCUUACCUGGAGAAUCCUAAGUGCCGGGACUGAACCGCCUUCUUCAUUCCAUUGCAAUCAUGUGACGGUGUAACCUUUCAACCCACCUAAUACCUCCACAUUGCUGUAACAUAAAACCACUUGGAAUGACUGCAAACUCCAGAAAAUAGUAGGGGAAUGUCAUUUAAAGCGAUGACCUAUUUAAAUACUAUUCCCCAGUUAGUUUCUUUUUAAUAAACUAAGCAAGCAUCAAAGCACACUUCAGCGGAUAACCAUUUAUCAAAUUGGCGGAGAAAAAGUAAUGCACCCAGUUUUUCAGAAUGUCAUAACCCUAAUUAUCGUCCUGCCCAUUACCUGAAAUGCUACCAUUUAUAACUGCGCUGUUUUACUCUUAUAACAGUAAUUAAGUCAGUAGCUAAGCGAGGACCGCAGUGCCUUCCCCUCUCCCUGAGUUCAUUUGCAUGUUAAUUAUCAUUAGCAGCCGGGGAAACAAGUCCUAAACAGCUUAAUUAGCAGCUUAAUCAUUUUAUACAAGAACUUUCUCCCUGGUUUAAUAUAUUAGUGGGUGUUGUAAUUUUUUAAGUCAGAUUAUCUUGGGGUGCCUCUGUUUGAAGAGAGAUUUAAACUUGCCCCCUACCCCCCCUUUUGUUCUCUUCAUAUGAACUGAGCUUUGAAAAGCUCAAGUUAUAAACCAUCAGUAGUUUCCCACUUUAAUUUUUUUUAAUUGCAGAAGCAAUGCUGAAAUUGUUUUUAUAAGAGAGCAAUUACAAUCUUCCACCACCGGGGGGUGCUGGGAAAUUACACUUUGAAGGACUAAACGCAAAUAAAUGUAGUAAGACUUUUCCUUGACUAUGGGACUACUAUUUGGCUAUACGUAUUUCAAACGAUUGAGCUAUCUUUCAUGGAAGUAAAGUUUUGUAGAAAAUCAUCAGUUUACUAUGGGGAACUGUUUUCCGCUUGCUCUGUGCUUCGCCUGCAUGGUUUCCCAGUUGUUUGAAUCAUGAAAGGAUAAUGAAAUCAAAUGACAGGUAGGAGACACAGUGAGUGGUUGUUGCAUGUAAAGGAUGCAUUUCUUCAAUCAGUGUUUCUCCUGUGAACUCUGGUAUGAUUUACUAAAUUAAUCAAAAUCAAUUUAUUGCUUUAUCUUUAUAUGUGAUAUUAACCACAACAUCUACAUCAGGGCUACUCAACCCUGGUCCUGGAGGAACGUGUCCCUCCUGGUUUUUGUUCCAACUGUACCCUAAAUUACUAGGACUAAUUAAGUGCUUAUUAGAAGCUUAAAUGGUCCAAUUAAUCAAUUUAGUGUACAGUUGGAACAAAAACCAGGAGGGACAGCGGCCCUCCAGGAGCAGGGUUGAGUAGCCUUGAUCUACAUGAAUGUAUAUACCGGUAUGUAUAAAUAUAUUGCGUGUCACUUCAGCGUUCUAACCAACAGAGGUCGCCAAAAGUCUGCGAUUAAUAAAUCAAAGCGUCUUUAAAAGGAUUAGCAGGCGCAGAUUUUUCCAAUUUCCAUUUUACUGAGCUACUCAGGUACUCCAACUUCCCUAUCAUUUGUGUUUUUACUAAUCACACUUUAGAAAUGCGUAUUGUUUUGUGUUGAUCAUUCACCAUCUGCUGAUACACCAAAGGGACCAAGUUGAAGUUUUUUAAAAAUGUAAUUCCAAUGGGUAUUUAUUUGACUGUGGCAGUGAUCCGUUCACAGCGUGGCUUUGGUGGAAGGUGAAACGGAAGCUUUUGCUCUUACAGCUAUGCUUUCCCCCGUGGAACAGUGAAAUAUGAAAUUAUACCAGUUUUAAAAAGUGUUGGAGGUCGCCUGGAUCUACUGCGCCAAAUUAAUUGCAUAUCACAAUCACAAAGCUUUUAAAAUUGUCACCCUAGUCACUGUGCAGCAUAUAACAAUUCAAUGAAAAGUAUAAGCACUUACGCCGUACACUGCAGAAGUGAAUUACAAUGCGGAGUUUCGCAAUAUUAAGUUUACUAAUAUUACAUAAAAAAGCAUUGACCGUGUUUACAGUUAAAACACCUUUGCAGUUCAUUUCUGGGACGUGCUUGUCUACUCAAAGUGGCGUAAUGAAUGCGCACCUUUUUGUUUUCUUAAAAAAAAUAUAAAAAACCCCAAAAAAACAACAACUUAAAACAAAAUCUCUUCGAUUUAACUUGACUAAUUUGCGUAGUUUAUUAUACAUCAACAGGCAAGCUAAAAUAAUUGAUUAAUCCCUGCCUGGAGGAUUUUUGAAGUCAUUGACAAUGAAAAAACAAGCUAUUUAUGUCAUUAAAUAAAGCAAGAACGGAGGCCCUGUGCGAGAUUGUCCCAUCAGGCUGCACGAGAAGGGAGUAAUUGCUUUAUUUAUCAUUAAAUAGAAUUAUGGGCUGUUACUGAAAGCUCCUGUGAGCCUAAUUGAAAGAAAACCAUUUUGUCCUGAUUUACUUUUCGCUUUAGUUAUGGAUUAACAACAUAUCAGUCUGAGAAACUGAAUCAGGAGUUUUAAAAGAGAAAUCCUGAUUGUUCUUAGUUUACCAUUACCCCCACCACCCCAACCCCCCAAAAAAAACCCAGACAAAAAGAAAAUAAUUGAAUUUCCAAUAAAACGCUACCAGAGGCCAGAUUAAUACCCAAUAUAUGCCAAAAACUUUUUUUUUUUUUUUAAAACACGUUUUGAUGAAAUAAGGUUUGGUGUCCAUUAUAACUUUCUUGUCGGUUUCUAAAUUACUUUUUUGUGUUUCUUAACACUAAUGCAUGUGUUUUUAUAGAGAGCCCAAAUGUAAUUGUAAUGGUUUUGAAUCAGUGUAACGUAUUGAAAUUAUUAAAGUAACAUGUAGGGUUUAUUCUGAGCCUAAAUAAAGUAGGAAAAAAACAACCCCUGCUGCACAUUUCUUUUAAAAUAUAACAUGGUUAUUCCAUAUUUUUUAUGUUGGUUCAUGGGCCACUAUUAAUAAACUGGGGAUUGGCUCCCAAAAAUCCCCACCCCACCAGUGCACGCUUUUCAUAUUGACUGUUCUAUUAUCACAGCUCUUCCUACAUAAAGACCCCUCUGAAGCAGAGGUAACUACAUACACAUUGUAUGUAAAGGAUUUCUUGUAUGGAUGUUUAUGACUUCUCUGAGGCUGGUUGUUGUUGAUUUGAAUUUCAUCUACUUAAUUUAUUUUGCAAACUUGUAACAAAAGCACUCCCCCCAAAGGCACCUUAAAUACAUUUUAAUCGCCCUAUGUGCAUAAUUUGCAGUGGGAUUACCCUUACAGCUAUCAUUUAGAGAGAGAAGCAUGGAGAGGUGUGCCUUUCAAAAAGGACAAGUAGACAAUGAUCGGGGUGGGAGUGAAAAUGGUACCAAAAGUAAAACGGGAGGCCGUUCAUGUUUCAGUGCUCGCAAAUGGGUCUUUAAAACAACAGGACAGAGCGGGAGGGAAUGGCUGCUGUUAUGCUCUCCCCAGCGCAGUAGCUUUGCAUUGGGCUCUCUGAAAGCACCAUCGCUGAUAUGCAUUCAGUCGAGGGAGUGAAUGAUGUCAUAACCUCAAGGGAGUGGUGUAGGCAGUCAUCUACAAUGAAGCUAGGUUCUGGAGUAUUCCCCUGUCGGGCUGCCUUGGCCCAGGCGUUAGAGGGUGAACGAGGCUGCCUAAGUGUUUGCAUGUGAAGUAAUGGACCUCUCUUUCUUUACAGCUAUCCUAAUGUCUAAAAUUUAAAAAAAACGGCAGUUAAAUUGGGAGACCUCCUCAACGUUGUCAGUUAAUCCCUUGGCUGGCAUUCAACAAUAAUAUUGCAGGACAUUCGGCUGGCAGAAAUAAAUUAAAACAACAUGACGGCAGUGAACAGUGCUGUCUUGGCUGAGGCCUAAGCUAUUGAAGGUACAACUCUAAGGCGGCAGACUGAUGAAGCACAAGAGUCAGUGUUUGCAAUCCUUGUGAGUGGUGCUUUGUGGGUAGUAACGAUUCAGCGAUGAAUUGUGAUUCUUUCUUUCCAUGAUGUAUCAUAUUGUAAUAGAGGCAUGUAUCAUUUGCAUGGUGAUUUGCAAGACCAGAAGCACACCACAGCUCAUUGUAGAUCACCAAGUGGUUCUUGAAUGAAGAAUACGUGUGUUUUAUAGUUGCUAUGGAUACAUGCUCUGCUUAUCUCAUUGCUUUUUUGUCUUAUCAUGAAAUGAUCAUUUGACCUUAUUAUGCAUCAUGCAAGCAGCCCAUCAAGACCAUGACACGUCUGGUGAUAUGCAUCGAGACCUGCAUAUCGUGAUGUGUAUCUUAUCGUGAGGUUAGUGUAUUGCUACACCCCUAUUUGUUACUCCAGUAUUGAGUUGUGUGUUCUCCAAAGCGGUUGUUAGCAGUCAGCUAAAUUCAAAUUCCACUCUAGUUGAAUGCUACGUUCUUAUGACUUUGAAUCUCUUAUUCCAGAAAAAUAAACCAAGCUUUCAUCUGAAACAAAAUCCUGUGUUAUUCUGCGACACAGAUUACACAAAGAGCUGUUUAUCUUUGUUACGCUGUCCACUUGUAUCACAUUUUUCCAAAGUAAGAAAAAAAACUGAAUAAAAUCCUCAUUUCAAAGUAAACGUGCCCUCUUUCUUAUUCACUUGAAAAACGAUACUUCACGUAAAGCCACGGGAAAUUUCAAACGGAAAGAUGUUUUAGCAUUGCGAGAGCCUCUCAGUUAUUACCAUGAACACGCUCAAUGUGUUUAACAGUAGUUCAAGGCGAGUUGCACAUCAUGGCAGCAGAAGGAUACACACACCAUUGACAGGGGAUUUGAGAAAGGAUUUGAGAGCGUUUGCUACUUUGAAGUUUACAGUACCAGCUGCACGUGUUCACUUGUCGCUGGAUAAAAAGCUGUAAGGGUAAUAAAACAAAUCCUGUCAAUUGAAUUCACAUUUAGACGUGAUUUGUUAUAUUUGUAGAGGCUGCGUUAAAAAAUAUAUAUAUAUAUGGCCCAGAUGUCAGUUUGUGAACAUGAGAAGGUAAUAUUUUUGCAGAAGCACAAGGGUGAGAUCGCUCCCCUUUUUGAAGACUGAGUCAUAUCAGUAGUUCAGCUGGAGCUCAGCAGGUGUGUGGUUCCUUUCCAGACUCUUAACUUGACCUGCCCUAAUACCGAACAAAUGUCCCCUUUAACUUAUCUCUUGGAAAACUGAGCACUUUUGGCAGUCAUCUUACUCCGAUCUCCACCGACAGUCUGUAACCACUCCUGACUUACAGUAUAUUUUAACUUUUUAAAGCUGCAACAACUUUGCAACGCUAUAUUGGUCCAAUAAAAAGGUAUUAUGAAAAAUGGAAUUCUAAGCUGUAAUAGUCAUUUAAUGCGUGAAACUACUUUUGAACAAUUAUGUUUUAGCUCCCAAUCAUUGGUUUUAUCUGUAUUUAUAUAUGUAUCUUUCCAAAUGUAUAUAUGAUUAUUCUUUUUAUCUAUUGAGCACAGUCAAUAUUUAGAGUGAAAAUGUAUUGGUAAUCAUACGAAAGAACAUGCGUUGGUAAUGUUAAACCAGUUUGCUGGAGGUGACUAUGGCAUAAAUAAAGUUGCUAAGGCAACUUAGGUUUAGAAUGAUGGAAGUGAUAAAACAUGUACAGGAAUGAAUGGAAAGGAGACCUAUGGUAAAUAAUUAACUACAAUAACCUUUUAAAAGAGAGUAGUUAGCGGUUGGUUGCACCUGAGUGGUGUAACAGCUGAAUAACUCGUUUCUAUUAUAAUUAGAAAUAAAAUGCAAUCCCGUAGUCUCUGAGCUACUAGAGUAUAAAUACCAGGCAUAGAGGCGACACAGACAGAGAAGCUCCCAGUACCUCCAGAUCAUCAGGGCCAUCGGGGUAGCGUCUCAAGCUGUCUCUCCAGGGGAGGUAAUCUAAUCAACUGCCUUUCUCUGUUCAUACUACUGCCACGUAUUGUAUCUAAACAAUAACGUUCAAUGUAGAAUGAAAUGUGGGGAUUUGGAAGUAAUUGUUAAAACAUUGUUAAAAUUUGAAACAUGGUCUGGUCCUUAUAGCGUAAUAAAGUAGUUAAUUCCAUGUUUACCUUAAUUCUUAAACCUUACAAAUACUUCUUUAAAUCUUGCAUUUACUUUUCAUAUUCAAGUCGUGUGGGAGAUUUGGUAUAUUCACUUUUUAGGAGUUUUUUUUUCACAAUUUGUGUACACGACAGGAACAGGACCAAAAAAUUAAAAAAUGUCUGCCAUAACACUGUCAAUGAGGUGUAGGAUGGCACAAAAGUCUGCAAUGUGUUUAAGUUGCAGAGGUGGUGUUUUACAGAAUACAUUGCAGCUGUGCCAUUUGCAUUACAAAUGAUUUACUUUAACACAACAGCGUGCUACAUAUUGCAUGAUUCUCCGAUAUUUUGUCCAGCCCCUGGAUCAUUUCAAAUAGCGGUCUUUUAGAAAUUAA